AUGCACAGUCCCUCGUGUCGGCGGCUAGCUCGGAACUUCCUCAUCAAGCCCGACGGCCCAUCUACGGCUGCAGGGCUGCUGCGUGCCCAGGGCAGUCCAGGUCUGAGGCGGCCGUUGGCCACCGGUUACACGGACCGGACGGGGCUGCGUUCCCACCAUCACCACCACCGGCCCCUUUCCCGCCAGGAUGGAUGGCACUUCCAGCCGCGGCAGCAGGUCCGGGGCAAGAAGACCAAGACCACGGUCAACCUGGCAGACCUGCCACAAGGCCCCAUUAAGCCGCCCGCACCACCAUCGCCGAGCCAGCAAGACGAUGGAGCAGGGCCGGCGGCGGCAGCAGAGGAGGAUGAGGGUCCUGCCUAUCCGACCGUGUUGCAGCAGGCGCGGCGCAACAUGGCCAAGUUCGAGAACUGCGUGCUCCUGACGCGCGUCGGCGGCUUCUACGAGCUGUACUUUGAGCACGCCGAGGACUACGGCCCGCUGCUGAACCUCAAGGUCGCCUCCAAGAAGACCAAUGCCGGUCCAGUUCCCAUGGCCGGCUUUCCGUUCUUCCAGCUGGACCGCUUCCUCAAGGUGCUGGUCCAGGAGUUGAACUGCUACGUCGCCAUCGCGGAGGAGUUCCCCAACGACGCGGCCGACAAGGUCAAGUCCAACGGGCUCAUGCAUGACAGGCGGGUCACGCGCAUCAUCACGCCCGGCACGCUGAUCGAUGAGAACUUCAUCGACCCCUAUGCGAACAACUAUAUCAUGGCUAUCCAUCUCAAGCAAAACGCGCCAGGCACCGUCGUCCCUGAUGAUGGGCCAGAUCGUCGUAGCGCUGGCCUCGAAGCUGAAGCUGCCGAGGUGCAACUACCGACGGCUACGCCUAUCGGUCUCGCGUGGCUUGACAUCUCUACAGGCCAGUUCUACACCCAGUCUACGACGUUGGCGGCCCUGUCAUCUACCUUGUCCCGGGUCGCCCCCAGGGAGAUCGUGGUCGACAAGACUCUACAGUCACAGGCGGAUCACACGCUGUUCUCCAUCUUGGCCGAGGACAAGCACCUCAUCACAUACACCCCACACGAGACGCCGCUUUCCACAACGGAGUGGAGGCCCAUGCUGGAGUCCGAGAUCCCGCCGCACACGGUCAAGAGCUUCAGCGCGGACGAGGUCCAGGCCGGGAGCCUGCUCCUGCAGUACGUGCGGGACCGGCUGCUGGGCCUCAGCAUGAAGCUGCAGCCGCCGGUGCGGCACGAGAGCCUGCAGGUGCUGACGAUCGACAAGAACAGCAUGCGGUCGCUCGAGAUCAAGCAGACGAUGCGCGACGGCGCCUUCAAGGGCAGCCUGCUGCACGCCGUCCGCCGCACCGUCACCAAGAGUGGCGCCCGCCUGCUCAACGAGUGGCUCAGCGCGCCCUCGACCUCGCUGCCCACCAUCACCCGCCGCCAGGACCUGGUCGCCUACUUCAUCGCCCACCGCGACCUGCGCGACCACAUCGUCCAGCUCCUGCGCCGCAGCCACGACUCGCAGCGCCUGGUCCAGAAGUUCGCCUUCGGCCGCGGGGACCCCGACGACCUCGUCGGCCUCGCCAACACGAUCCGCGCCACCGAGGACAUCGUGCGGCUCCUCUCCGCCUCGCCUGCAGGCGCUUCGCCCGACGGAUCGAACCCGUUCGACUACCUCCUGUCCCGCAUCUCCCUGGACGAGCCCUCCAAGCUGGCGGACCGCAUCCGGGCCUCGAUCGACGAGGAGGGCAUCUUCGCGAAGCACCAGCUCGAGGACAGCGAGGCGGGCCAGCUGCUGUCCCUGGCGUCGGAGAUCGUGAGCGCCGAGGGCACCAGCGAGGAGGCCGCGACCAUCCUGCCCAAGAACACGGCCACCAAGAUCAAGAAGGCCAACCUGGGCGCCGCCAGCGCCGGCAAGCCCACCUCGAUCCGCGACCACUACGACGCCGACAGCCAGACCUUCAUCAUGAAGCCCGCCGCCAGCGCCACGCUGACGGCGCUGCACGCCGAGCUGGGCGCGCUGCUGGAGCAGAAGCAGGCGCUGGCCGAGGACCUGCGGGCGCGGCUCGCGGCGCCCUCGCUGACGCUGCGCUGGACGCCGAACCUGGGCCACAUCUGCCACGUGCGGGGCAAGGACGCGCGCGCGACGGCGGCGGCGGCGGCGGCGGCCGGGCCGGCCGUCUCGUCGUCCAAGAGCACGCGGGCCUUCCACCUGCCCGAGUGGACGCGGCUGGGCCAGGCCAUGCACCAGGCGCGCUUCGCCGUCGCCGGCGAGGAGGCCCGCAUCCUGGCCGACCUGCGCGCCGCCGUCGUGCGCAACCUGGUCAAGCUGCGGCGCGCGGCCUCGGCCCUCGACGAGCUCGACAUCACGACGUCGUUCGCGCGCCUGGCCGUCGAGAACGACCUGGUGCGGCCGGAGCUCGUCGACGACGACGACCGCCACCACCACGACGCCAGCAGCGCCGCCGACGGUGGCAGUCGCGCCUCCGCGGCCCCAGGCCCGGCCAACGCCCACACCAUCAUCGCGGGCCGGCACCCGACGGUCGAGCCCAGCCUGCGGGCGUCGGCGUCGGGGCGGAGCUUCAGCGCCAACGACUGCCUGGUGGGGACGCCGGGGCGGGGCCGGCUGUGGCUGAUCACGGGGCCCAACAUGGCGGGCAAGUCGACGUACCUGCGGCAGAACGCGCUGAUCACGGUGCUGGCGCAGACGGGGGCGUACGUGCCGGCGUCGCACGCGCGGCUGGGCGUCGUCGACGCCCUGUUCAGCCGCGUCGGGUCGGCCGACAACCUGGCCGGCGACCAGAGCACCUUCAUGGUCGAGAUGCUCGAGACGGCCCUGAUCCUGCGCGCCGCCACCCCGCGCUCCUUCGUCAUCAUGGACGAGAUCGGCCGCGGCACCACGCCCGACGACGGCACCGCCGUCGCCUUCGCCGCCCUGUGGCACCUCGUCCACGUCAACCGGUGCCGCGCCCUAUUCGCCACGCACUUCCACAGCCUGGCCGACCUGGUCGUGGAGCGCGGUAUGCACAUCGGCCAACCGGGCGGCGAGGUCGCCUGCUACUGUACGGAUGUGGAAGAGGAUGGGCACGGCGGGUUUGUCUACGUUCACAAGCUACGAAGUGGCGUCAACCGGCAGAGCCAUGCGCUCAAGGUUGCAAAGCUGGCGGGUCUGCCCGAGGCGGCUAUUAGGAUGGCUAAGGAGGUGCUUGCCGGAAGCGGAGAGGGCAAUAAUCAUCACGGGACCCUCGCACCGUUGGAUGACGAGACAAGGGGUUUGGCAGCAGCAGCAGCAGGGCAUGGUGGAACAUGA